UCUUUAAAAAUUUGCCUUUAAAUGUCAUUGCACCAUGAGAUACUUGCCCAGCAAUUGCGACAGCUCUAUGGUAGGGAUUGGCGCCCAAAUCACGCUGUUCCACAGACACGUCGCAAUCGCCGGCAUUGUCUAGACCCAGAUGAACGCCAUUCUGGCGGGCAGGAGCCACAGCAUUGCCGCUCCUCACGGGCCAGCCAUCAGCCGGCGGUGGACAGUAAUCAUGUUGUGCCCCUUCUGCACAUCUGGCUACGGCUGCACUCGCUCACGCCCCACUCGACGACGAGCGGCCAGCUGCGUAAUGUAUAUCGUCUUCGACUGGAACAGCGCCCGCUGCUGCAGAACCUGCGCCAGAUCGUCUCCGUGCACUGGAAAAGAUUAUGUCGCAGGGCGUGCCCAGUGUCACAAGUCGCUGAUAAUACACGGUACGCGAUGAAGCGCAAUCCAGCGCGGGUUGUGCAGAGCAAGCGAGAGAAUUGGAUACAGUACUUGGUCCAGAUCUUUACGUCGAUAUCCAAGAGCCUAGAACAAGCGCUUGUCCCUGUGGGUCGUAAGAUCACCUAUGAGAGUACAUCGGCAGCCAUGGAAUUAUUGGACAUAAGAGUUAUUUCCGAACAACUGAACUCUGUGCUCAUUGAUUAUAUGGUUAACAACGAUGUAUAUUUGAUGGACCAAUCCCGAACAGCGCUUGGCGUACUUGAUUAGAAGCCGACAUAACAUAUCCAGCAUUUUCAAGAACGUGCUAUUUUUUAUCCUAUUUGUAGUGUUGUAAAACGCUCGCAAUAAACCAAAUUGAGCAGCUACCAA